AUGGACCUGCUCAUAGCAAGUCCAAGCCUUUCUGUGCUGGGGACCCCAGAACUGGAUUCAGCACUGCGCAUGGGAUCUCGUGAGGCCCCAUUGUAUUCUGAUGGAGUUGGACCAGUGGAUGACAUUUAUAGUACAAGGCAGUAUAAAAUGGACAUUCAAGAAGAAUCUGAUGCAGCCCAACAGUUUCAGUAUGCAGUGAGAGUUAUUGGAAGCAAUUUUGCUCCCACUGUUGAGCGUGAUGAAUUUCUUGUAGCUGAGAAAAUCAAGAAAGAACUUGUGCGACAAAGAAGGGAAGCAGAUGCUGCUUUGUUUUCAGAACUCUACAGAAAACUCGGUUCACAGGGCAUUUUGAAAAACAAAUGGUCAAUACUCUACCUCCUGCUUAGCCUUAGUGAAGAUCCACGUAAACAGUCUAACAAGGUGUCAAGUUAUGCCACACUUUUUGCUCAAGCAUUGCCACGGGAUGCUCACUCAACCCCUUAUUACUAUGCCAGGCCUCAGACUCUUCCAUUGAAUUACCAAGACCGCAGUGCUCAGUCUGCUCAGAGUUCCUGCAGCAUGGGGAGCAGUGGGAUCAGCAGCAUCAGCCUGUAUGCCCUAAAUGGGCCCACUCCAACUCCACAAUCACUCAUUCCAGGACAAUCCUAUCAAGCUCCGGGCGUUGGAGAUUGCCUCCGUCAGCAGCUGGGAUCACGCCUUGCAUGGACUUUAACUGCAAGCCAGCCUUCUUUACAAAGCACUACCUCAAAAGGCUUCUCAAAUGCUGUCUCUCGUGGUGUGCCAAGGUCUAGGCGAGAAGGGGAUACAAGUGGUUCUGUUGAAAUAACAGAAGCAAAUCUUGUAAGAGAUGUUUUGUAUGUCUUCCAGGGAAUAGAUGGAAAAAACAUCAAAAUGUGCAAUUCUGAAAAUUGCUAUAAAGUGGAGGGAAAGGUGAGCUUGUCCAAAUCUCUCCGAGAUACUACAAGUAGACUUGCAGAGUUGGGGUGGCUACAUAACAAAAUAAGAAAGUACACAGACCAGAGGAGUUUGGAUCGUGCAUUUGGACUUGUGGGACAGAGUUUUUGUGCAGCCUUACAUCAGGAACUUAAAGAAUACUACCGACUUUUGUCUGUUUUACAUUCUCAGUUACAACUGGAAGAUGAUCAAGGUGUGAAUUUGGGACUUGAGAGCAGUUUAACACUUCGCCGUCUUCUAGUAUGGACCUACGACCCCAAAAUAAGGUUAAAGACCCUUGCAGCACUUGUUGAUCACUGUCAAGGGAGAAAAGGUGGUGAACUAGCCUCAGCAGUUCAUGCCUAUACUAAAACAGGAGAUCCCUACAUGAGAUCUCUGGUUCAGCAUAUUCUUGGCCUGGUAUCCCAUCCUGUACUGAACUUCCUUUAUCGCUGGAUUUAUGAUGGAGAGCUGGAGGAUACAUACCAUGAGUUUUUUGUAGCUUCAGAUCCUACAGUUAAAACUGAUCGGUUGUGGCAUGACAAAUACACUUUGAGGAAAUCAAUGAUCCCAUCUUUUAUUACAAUGGAGCAAUCAAAAAAGGUCCUUUUAAUAGGAAAAUCCAUAAACUUCUUGCAUCAGGUUUGUCAUGAUCAAACUCCGUCCACAAAGAUGAUUGCUGUUGCAAAACCUGCAGAGUCUUCAAAAGAUGCUGCUGAUUUGUUCACAGAUCUGGAAAAUGCAUUUCAAGAGAAAAUUGAUGCAGCUUAUUUUGAAACCAGCAAAUACCUGCUGGAUGUUCUCAAUAAGAAGUACAAUUUGCUGGAACACAUGCAGGCCAUGAGACGUUACUUACUACUUGGUCAAGGAGACUUCAUCAGGCAUUUAAUGGACUUGCUCAAGCCAGAGCUUGCACGACCAGCUACAACCUUAUAUCAGCAUAAUCUAACUGGAAUCCUGGAAACGGCGGUGAGAGCCACGAACGCCCAGUUCGAUAAUCCGGAGAUUCUCAAGCGAUUGGAUGUUCGACUUCUGGAGGUAUCUCCUGGGGACACUGGAUGGGAUGUCUUCAGCUUGGACUAUCAUGUUGAUGGGCCAAUAGCAACGGUAUUUACACGUGAGUGCAUGAGCCACUAUCUAAGAGUGUUUAAUUUCCUUUGGAGAGCAAAGAGGAUGGAGUAUAUUCUUACUGAUAUAUGGAAAGGGCACAUGUGCAAUGCAAAGCUUCUGAAAAGUAUGCCAGAGCUUUCUGGUGUGCUGCAUCAGUGUCAUGUUCUGGCAUCAGAAAUGGUCCAUUUCAUUCAUCAAAUGCAGUAUUACAUUACAUUUGAGGUGCUUGAAUGUUCAUGGGAUGAACUCUGGAACAAGGUCCAACAAGCACAGGACUUGGAUCACAUUAUUGCAGCUCAUGAAGUUUUUCUGGACACAAUCAUAGCUCGGUGCUUGCUAGAUAGUGAUUCCAGGGUACUUCUCAACCAGCUUCGAGCAGUUUUUGACCAGAUCAUUGAGCUCCAGAAUGCCCAAGAUGCAAUGUACAGAGCUGCUCUGGAGGAGCUGCAGCUGAGGUUGCAAUUUGAAGAGAGGAAAAAACAACGUGAGCUUGAGGGCAAGUGGGGUGUAACUGCAUCAGAAGAGGAAGAAGAGAACAAGAGGAUGAAAGAAUUUCAAGACUCAAUACCUAAAAUGUGCUCACAGCUGCGAAUACUCACUCACUUUUACCAGGGAAUUGUCCAGCAGUUCUUGGUCCUGCUGACGACCAGUUCUGACGAGAGCCUGCGGUUCCUGAGCUUCAGGCUGGACUUCAACGAGCACUACAAGGCGCGAGAGCCGCGGCUGCGCGUGUCGCUGGGCGCGCGGGGCAGGCGCAGCUCCCGCAUGUGACAGCGGGCAGCUGCAGGGACGCCGGGCAGCUGCAGGGACGCCGGGCAGCUGCAGGGACACCAGGCAGCUGCAGGGACAGCGGGCAUCUCGCGCUGCACGCCGCCAUCGUGGGACACGGCGCUGCCAGGCUGUGUGAUCGCUGUCCCCAUUGCUGCAGGCAGCAUGUUCUCACUCCGUGGCUGUGUGACGCUGGAGGGCAGAAAGCAAAAAAAGCAGGGUUUUUUACACCGAUGUUUCUAGAAUUACCAGACUGUAUGGGCUGAGUGAACCUCAUCCAAUCAACUUGUUAAAUCAUCCUUUUAAAAAUGUCAGGUUUAUUUGAAGCUUUCUGAGCUUUUUCCACUGUAACUUACAUCUGUGUCAAAAGAAGUCACAUGUUCUUUUGUUUAUAGAAGGCACCAUUUCCUUUUUUAAAAAGCAAAUAAGAAGGUUAUUUUUUCUAUAUGUACUUGUUCUAUUUGAAAAGAGCUUUUGUUAAAGCCAACAGAUCAGGACCCAGACCUAUUGUCCUUGUUAAGAAGCUAUACAGCAUUUCAUUAUGCUGGUUUUCAGUGUUGUGAUGUGUUUGAUGUGUGAGAAACUUUGUAUCAGGAGACAUAAAGUUAUAUUUAAUUUUUUUGUUGUUUUCAAAGUUAAAAUCCUGGAAUACAAAUUUAGUGGGGAAAUUCUAUGGUUACUGUACAGGAGCAAACUAUAAAAGCAGAGUCAGGAGUGUAUCUGUUGCACAUAAGGUCUAAAAAUGAGCUUAAAGCCUCAGUACUGAAGGAAAGUGUUGGUUAAACUUGAAUACUUAAUAUUCAAAAUCAGAUAUGUAGAAACAAACUGACUUGGCUAAUGAUGACUUCAUUCUCUUCUCUUUCCUAUUUUUUUCAUUGUAAAUAUUUAUAUAUUGCUGUCCAGAUGUUGGGGAGAGGGGGAUUCUUCUUUUGCAAAGUUGUCAUUAUAUCAGGUCAUUUAUUAUGUUCCACAAGUGCGAGCUUAG